UAUGUUUUGCAUUUUCAGAUUUUUUCAUUAAUUUUUUUGAUGGAAUUUUCGUCGUGCAUUCUCUCGGAGGGAGUUCAAUUGUGAUUCGUCUCUUGAUUAUCUCCUAAACGAACGCGCAGGCGUUCGCUUUCCGGAUAGUUCGUGGUUGUUCGCUUGAAGAAUGAAUCAAUACAAAAGCCAUCGACCGAGUGACGGAGAGCUAAGUAGAAUUUCGGACAGCUUCUUCCCUCAGAAUUCAUUGAGGUAUAUUAUCCUAUAUUAAAUAGCUUAUUCGUUGCGUAUCAAGUGAUCACUAAUGGGAUUAAAGUUAUGCAGGAAAUUAAGCAACAGGAGGAAUACAAAAAAUUCCCGAGCGAAGAAAAAAAUGCAGAAACUAGAAAGACAGUAAACUUUGAAAAUGAUGCUCGUUGCCGCAUUUUUACGUAAAUCUCGGUUAUUUUGAUGGAAAACUUAUUUUUAUGAGAUCUACAGUGCUAUCCUGAGCAAACUUUGAAGACAGAUAGUGUCCUGCCUGCGAAAAAUUAUUUUCAGGCGUCCGUUAUUUGAAGUAUAUUACAGUAUUGUGCUUCGUAGUUCAACGAAGAUUAGCGAUAGGAAUUGGUUUUGAUUGUUUGUCCAGUCUCAAUUGUGUGGAAAUGGUUAUGUGUGGAUUGAAAGCGUCAUAACUGCACUUCGCCCGAUUUCUGCGUGUUAAUUUGGUCCAGAUGACGAAACUGGAAGACUUCAGAUCUCGCGUUGAAGCGAUUGAGGAGAAUAAUGGGGUUUACAAUUUUUCUUUCUCUCUUGACGACGAUCCCGUCUCUCCAGAUCACGCCGGGGAGGAAAACAGCCUUUCGUCAGAUGCUUCGUUUUCGGUGGAUUUUGGACCUCCUUACGAUUUGAUUGAUCUGAAAAUGAGGGCAACGACUGAAAAUUUGGCGCUGAAGGAUGGUUCCAUUCUCAAGAUUAUCUCCAAACCCGGAGCCGGCUCAUCUCCGAGUUUUGGCUCGAAAGUUUCCGUACGAUAUAGAUUAUUCCUUGAUAAUUUGGAGGAGCCUCUCGAUUCAAAAUUUUCCAAAAUCGUCAAAACCUUCGAAAUUGGAAGCAACGAGGUGUUGAUGGGGUUGGAUAUUGCAGUGUUAUCCAUGAAACGACAUGAGCAAGCAGUGAUCAUCCUCAGCCCAGAAGUUGCCUUUGGUAGUGCUGGUUGUACAUUUGCUGGGAUUCCGCCAGACUCUCCAAUUAUCGUGGAAGUAGAGCUUGUGAGCAUUUCGAGCUGUACAGCUGCUCUUGAAUGCUAUGAAGAUCCCGAUUUUGUCACUCCUGCCUCACAACACAGCUUUGCGGAGAUUGUAUCCCGCGUCGCAGAUCUCAUAAAGGAACUGAAGCUUGCUGUUUCUGAGCCCAAACGCGUUGAUGAAAUGUAUCGUCGAGCAGAUUCCAUUCUUUCAUCGUGUCAUUUGGAAGGAGAGGAAGAAGAGAUUGAAUUCAGAAAAUAUUUAAAAAGCUUGUAUGAUGUUGUCGGAUUGCAAUUCGAACGUAAUCAUUCCCCUGCAAAGCUUGCGAAACUUUGCAGAAGAGCCGUGACGGAUUUUCCUGAGGAAAGCAAAUUCUACUACAGAUGGGGGAAGGCUAUAGGGAGAAUGUCGUCCAAACCUGAAGACUUCAAGCAUGCAAGAUUUAAACUGGAGACUGCCAUGAAGCUUUCCAAAGAUGAGCAUCAAAUGAAAAAGAUUCAAGUAGCUUUGAGCAAAUUGACCGAUCAAGAAUCACUAUUGUUAAGUACUUGUGCGGCAUCUGAGUGA